GAUUUCAUGAGCGGGAAGACUGUUUUCCGCAAUCUUAUAGGUAUUCUUCUACCAGGGGUCAAUUCAAUCAUCACUGAACGGACCAAUGAAAUUCAUGGGCAACUUCUAGAAAAGGCUGUACAACUUUCUUUGGAAAUUAUAAUUCUAGUUUUGGAGAAGGAUUUACUUGUUUCUGAUUACUGGCGGCCUCUGUACCAGCCCUUGGACGUUAUACUAUCUCAAGAUCAUAAUCAAAUUGUGGCAUUGUUGGAGUAUGUCAGAUAUGAUUUUCUACCGCAAAUUCAGCAGUGCUCUAUCAAAAUCAUGUCUAUUCUGAGUUCUCGCAUGGUUGGGCUCAUACAGUUACUGUUAAAAUCCAAUGCUGCAAGCUGUUUGGUUGAGGAUUAUGCAGCCUGCCUUGAGCUACGUUCAGAAGAGUGCCAAAUUAUAGAGAACAGUGCUAAUGAUCCAGGGGUUUUGAUAAUGCAGCUUCUGAUAGAUAAUAUUGGUAGACCAGCUCCAAAUAUUACACAUUUACUGCUUAAGUUUGAUCUUGACACCCCAGUUGAGCGAACAGUUCUACAGCCAAAAUUUCACUACAGUUGCUUGAAGGUUAUUCUUGAAAUCUUGGAGAAACUUUUAAAGGCAGAUAUUAAUGCAUUACUCCAUGAGUUUGGUUUUCAGCUCCUUUAUGAGUUGUGCUUGGAUCCACUAACUUGUGGCCCUACCAUGGAUUUGUUGAGCAAUAAAAAGUAUCAAUUCUUUGUGAAGCACCUCGAAACCUUUGGUGUUGCUCCCCUUCCAAAAAGAAAUAGCAACCUGCCACUUCGCAUCAGUUCCCUUCACCAGAGAGCAUGGCUCUUAAAGCUCUUAGCUGUAGAGUUGCAUUCUGGCGAUAUGAGUACCCCUACUCACAAAGAAGCAUGUCAGAAUAUACUUGCUCAUCUUUUUGGAAGGGAAAUAAUUGAAAUUGGGUCUGAUCGAGUGGUUUCUGAUUCUUUCACUUUUCAAAAUGGCACUGAACAUGCUGGAACCCAAGCGAUAAGCAAGAGUAAGGUGUUAGAGUUGCUUGAGGUAGUCCAGUUUAGAUAUCCAGAUACUAGUAUGAAGCUUUCUCAGAUUGUCUCUAAUGUGAAGUACGACUUGCUGGCAGAGGACAUACUUGGAGAUCCAGCUGCUUCUGGAAAGGGUGGUAUUUAUUACUAUUCAGAGCGCGGUGAUCGUCUGAUAGACCUAACUUCUUUCCAUGACAAACUUUGGCAGAAAUUCAAUUCAUUGUAUCCCCAAUUGAGUAACUUUGGCAGUGAAGCUGAGCUAAAUGAUCUAAGAGAGACGAUUCAACGGAUGUUGAGAUGGGGAUGGAAGUAUAAUAAGAACCUUGAGGAACAAGCUGCACAACUUCAUAUGUUGACUGGCUGGUCUCAGAUUGUUGAGGUCUCUGCUUCAAGAAGGAUGUCCUCUCUGGAAAAUAGAUCUGAAAUUUUAUAUCAGGUUCUUGAUGCCUCUUUGAGUGCUUCUGCUUCUCCAGACUGUUCAUUGAGGAUGGCAUUCAUUUUGAGUCAGGUUGCGCUUACAUGCAUGGCUAAACUUCGGGAUGAAAGAUUUAUAUGCCCUGGUGGUCUAAAUCCUGAUAGUAUCACAUGUCUUGAUAUUAUCAUGGUGAAGCAAUUAUCAAAUGGUGCUUGUCACUCUAUAUUGUUUAAGCUUGUAAUGGCAAUUCUGAGAAAUGAAUCAUCAGAGGCCUUGAGGAGACGCCAAUAUGCCUUGCUGCUUAGCUAUUUUCAGUAUUGUCAGCAUACACUUGAUCCAGAUGUUCCAACAACAGUUAUGCAGUUCUUAUUGCUUACUGAGCAAGAUAGUGAAGAUCUGGACCUCCGUAAGAUUAACAGAGAACAGGCUGAACUAGCUCAUGCAAUUUUUUCCAUAUUGAGAAAAGAAGCUCAGGCAAUCUUAGAUUUGGUAAUAAAGGAUGCAACUCAAGGUAGUGAACCUGGGAAGACAAUAGCACUCUAUGUUCUGGAUUCACUGAUUUGUAUUGAUCACGAGAGAUAUUUCUUUAGCCAACUUCAAAGUAGGGGAUUUUUGCGGUCUUGCCUGAUGAGCAUCAGCAAUGUUUCCUAUCAGGAUUUUAGGCAUUCCCUAGACUCUUUGCAACGAGCAUGCACUGUUGAGGCUGAACUGGCAUUACUGCUUAGAAUUAGCCACAAGUAUGGAAAAUCUGGGGCACAAGUUUUAUUUUCAAUGGGUGUUUUGGAGCAUAUUGCCUCAUGCAGGGCAGUUAAUUUGCAGGGAAGUUUGAGACGGCUUGAUCCAAAGCUUCAACGAGAUGCGGCUGUGGAUAUUGACAAACAACGGAUGAUCACAACUCCAAUACUGAGAUUGGUGUUUUCAUUGACUUCAUUGGUUGAUACAUCUGAUAUUUUUGAGGUGAAGAACAAAAUUGUUCGUGAAGUUAUAGAUUUUGUCAAAGGACAACAAUUGUUAUUUGAUCAAAUUCUUCAGGAAGAUAUUUCUGAAGCUGAUGAUUUGACAAUGGAGCAGAUAAAUCUUCUUGUUGGCAUACUUAGCAAGGUAUGGCCUUAUGAGGAGAGUGAUGAGUUUGGUUUUGUUCAAGAGCUUUUCAGUAUGAUGCGUACUAUUUUCUCUUUUGAGUCAGAGACACUUAAUUUAGGGAGAUCAGUGCAAUCUCCAGAGACUAAGAGAAAGUUAGAAUUGAACUCGUUUCGGUUGUGCUUCAGUCUGAGCUCUUAUCUAUAUUUUCUGGUCACAAAGAAAUCUUUGCGACUCCAGGUUUCAGACCACCCUGUUGAUUACCGUUCUCCAGCUGGGCUGCAGCAGCCCACAUUGACUUUACUUGGUUCUCUUCUUAGUUCUGUGACAAGUUCCCUUGAAAGAGCAGCGGAGGAAAAAUCCUUGCUACUUAAUAAGGUUCGAGAUAUAAAUGAGCUAUCAAGGCAGGAGGUGGAUGAAAUUAUCAGCAUGUGUAUUCGGAGAGAAUGUGUAUCAUCAUCUGAUGAUAUACAAAAAAGGAGGUAUAUCGCAAUGGUGGAAAUGUGCCAUGUGGCUGGCAAUAGAGAUCAGCUAAUUACCAUAUUACUUCCACUUGUGGAACAAUUGCUAAAUGUCAUUCUCAUUCACUUUCAAGACAGCUCUGUGACAUCUGAUGCUAAUGGAGCUAUGAAAGUGAUUACAUAUGGUGUGAAGUCUGACUCAGAACAGGACACAUCUUUAUUGUGUGGAAAACUGGUUCCAGCUUUAGAACGUCUUGAGCUAAUAAGUGAGGAUAAAGUUGGCCGCCCACUUAAGGUAUUUCGCAGAUUAGUGACAUCAGUCAAAGAAAUGGCAAUUCAAAGGUGGUCCUUGUAAGAUAUUCUCAGGCACUGAGGAUAUUUUGUGUUUUAGCUCAUGUAAAUUUUAGAUCAUAAGAGUAUUCAUGCUUCCAAGAAAACGUGUAAUAUCUGUCGUAUAAUCUUUAAAAAAAUUCUUGUUGUAUCUGCUCAAGUUUUUAGCCUUCUUACAUUUUUUUUUCCGUUUGUA